AUGACAACAGGCACAUGUGGACACGGGUUUUUUAAUUGCAGUGGGAGCCAAUUACUUUGGGUGCUUUGUACUUGGAGACCGAAAACCCUUUUCGCCCCCGCGGCUGCUUUGCAUUCUUCAUCUCUCUCUCGCUGCCCGCAGCUCCUCCCUCCCACUCACCUCGCCAUGUCCACCGCGUCCAAACAAUGCGACUUAAAGACAGUUCGCCACUUGCUACCGAGCCAACAGCAAUCAGCAGAAAACAGUGAGGAAAAAGAGCGUUUUUGCGCCUAG